AUGGCAGACGAGAAUGAGUUCAACGCCGGACCCGGCGUGGACGAGCUGCGCGACCAGCUGGAUACCUUGUGGGAGAAACAUCUCACCCUCCUAGACUCAUACCACCAAGCUCAGCAGCAGAUUGCCCGCCAUUUCUCCUCUGGCUUCUUCCAUCUGGCUCAGGCAACAUUCAAGUCGACUACUCGCGUUCGAUAUGGCCAGGAAUACUAUGACGACCGGAUGCAAGCUACCACUCGCUUCGAGCCUUCUAUCGACACCAAAGACGUUUCCCACCUUGCCUUGAAACUCAAUCACACGCCUUGCCCCUCGACCAAGCACUCGGACAAAGAGUCGACCGAAAUGUCACCGCAUUCCAAGGAGAAGCACAACCAAGAAAAACAGGCGGACAAACUCGGAGAACAAGGGGAAGAAGACAAACCCGAAGAACAAAAUCAGGAAGACAAACCCGACGACAAAGAAAAGACACACAACAAACUCCGCGAUCCACUUCACUGGUAUGGCAUUCUGGUGCCUCCUUCGCUGCGUGCAUCUCAAAAGUCUUUCAGCUCUGCAAUGCACGACCCAGUCAUCAACGCAGCCAACUCGGCCCAAGCUCUUCGUCGUGUCGACAUGGACAUUCGCAAGUUACGCAAAGAUAUUAAAAAGGCAGAAAAGCGUGUCGUCUAA